CUAUCAGGUUUAUAAAGACUUUAAAGGUAAUACUUGUUGCAGGAAGUAAAUAGAAGUUUCGGUGUAGCAAUAUGAUCAAGUGAAACAUUUUUAAAAUGCAGCAGUAUUCUUAGAUUUCCUGAAUCAGUGUGUAUAUAUGAGAUCUUGUAAUUAAGGCGUUGGAAUGUCGUUCUGGUGACGUUUCGUUUAAUCAAUUCGAUGUUUUCUUAUGUGUGACUUGCCUUGUCAAAUCUGUUCAGUUAAAACUACAGUAAAUUGUGAUUGUUUUAAAGACGUAGAGUAUUACAGUUUCGUCCGAAUACACCGAGACAGCUGUAGAAGAAUGUUUCGAUAUGUUUUGCUUGUGUGCUUGCUGGUGAAGCUUUCUCGAGCGGAGAAAUGCUUUUUCGGAGUCGAGUGUCCUCCAGAAUAUAAAUGUGUCGGCAACAUGUGCGUGAGCCAGUUUUCUGUUGCCGCUCCUAUUUCGGUGUGUAGUACCAACCCAUGCCAGGGAGACUGUUCGUGUAUCGCUUCGAACAAACAUGCAGAAGGUUUCUUUUGCUCGAGUGCGGCUGGUUACAUUGGCAAAACAUGCAACAUACCACCGCCAACGCUACUUUGCGAAAGCAACACUAUAACAAUUAUGAUUCCGGAACGGUUUGUGAGGGAAUAUGACUCCACUCUUUCGAGAAGUUACUUAUACAUGGGACCGAGUUAUGAUCAGGCAGUCGUCAAUCCCAAUUCCGCAUGUGCAGUAAGAGCGCCGGUGAAUGGAUAUUAUACAAUAUCUAUCCCAAUGCCAUUCUCCGCUUGUCAGACCAGUUACACAAGAGAGAUGGAUUCCAAUGUAUUCACCAACCAGCUUUGGCUCAACCAACAAGGAGCUCUUUUCGAUAUCCCGAUUCCAGCAAUAACAUGGAUCUGUACUUACAACGAUCAAUAUUCUAUCGUGACAAGCUUGCGACCGGCGGUCGACCCGAUUCGCAAUGAGUUAUCAGGGGUCAUUCAGCAACAAGCAACAGUCGAGCUGUGUAAGGUGGGCGGUGCUUGCCCGAACGCUUGUCCGCCUCUCUUCACAGUGAAUGAUGGAGCAUUGUACACGGUUGCCGAGAUUAUACACGUCACUUUGUCAGUGCAACCACCUCAGAACACGGUUGUGUAUGUCAAACAGCUUUACCUUUCGUGCCAAGCAAGCGCAGGAUCUAAUGACAUCUCACUCGUUACAAACGGCUGCAGUGCGAACGUGCUUUCUACGUCGAUCAAUCUUAACGGAAUGGGCAAUACUGUUUGUUUAUCUUUCCGAGUACCUCGGUUCAAAUCAUGCACAAGCUUUUACAUCCAUGGAGAACUUUCCGCAGCUGAUCCAGCCACACUUCAGCGAUGUUCACUAGGAAAUGGAUAUGUAAGAUCUGCAGUAACCGGUAAUUCGUCUGCUUAUCUCGGAGGAUCCAGGAAGAAGAGAAUGCUUGUUAAACGCUCCAGCGAAGAAGAUUCGAGUGUUAUCCUUAUCGGACCGAUUUAUGUCAUUGAGGGAGAAGUAGGACUCGGUUCUUCCGACACGUUUCCAAAUUCCUCAGUUGUGACAGUUCUUCUCGAUAACGAAGACCAUUAUGAUAUCAGCGGAAUCACGAUGGCCACUGUGGUCAUUGGAGGAUUUGCUUUCAUAUUACUUUGUGUUGCGAUAAUAACGUUUAUUUAUGAAUGUCAUAAAACGUGAAACAAAAUAAAAACGAUGGUGAAAUGUUCGCCAGUUAAAACGUA